GGGUCCCAAAACAUCGCAGGGGGGCGCUUCAGACUCUCGUUUUCCCGGGCCUUCCGAAAGGCACUCUUGAGCUCUCUUCCAGGUUUGCUCCAUCCGUGAAGCAACAUGGCUAUGUAUCAUCUCAGUCUUUUUUUCUGCUCCACGCUAAUUGUGGUUUGGCUGGUAUCUUCGGUUGAUUCAAUUGCAGUGCCAAGUUCCAAUUGCUAUGUCAUUGAUAACAGUAGCUACAUUUAUGAUUUUACUGAAUGGAUUGGUUUUCCUUUCGAAUACAGUCAAAAGGAUUCAGACUUGGUUGUUCGAUUUUGUAAAGACGUGGAGAGCAGAUCGCAAAUGGGUUAUGUGGACUUUGGCCGAUAUGAACCUUCUCUUUACUUUAUUGCUUCUUCUGGAUCAGGGAACUUUGUUCAAGAAUUCCACUCUGGUGACCUGACAAACUGUGAAUUGCAUAGCUUUGAUAAAAUGGGCCGGACUGCUCAGGUUAACAUAUUCUGUGGCCGUUGUUCCGAUAGAGAAACUUGUAAAGAGAAGCGUGGCUGCGUAUGCAGUGUAUCCUAUGAUGGUACAAUGUGCAGGGUUCUUGUUGAGCUGGCUAUUUCUUGUGGUCAUCGUGGUUCACGAGUUUUUGAGGGUUUCACAGUUGGAUUUCAUCCACGAUCAUGGGAAGUUGUUUACAAUGGCAUGACUCAGAUGGGUUUUGAAAAGCCUUAUCAUGAAUUCAGCUUUGGAACAGAUCAGACUAUAGUAUCUCUUUAUCUUACUGCAAUUUCUACUCUUUCCAAUUUGGUUGGAAAACCAAGCUUUGAGGUUAACCCAAGCAAAGGUUUGGAGGUUAAACUGUCAGGCUCAGGGGCAAAAGGGAGCCCCCCAACAACGUUGUCACCUACCAUACUGAAUGUGAAUUGGAGAUGUGAUAAAGCUAACAGCAGCCCAUAUGAAGUUGUUUUUACCAUCCCAAUAGAUGGUUAUGAGCCUAUCAAGUUCUCUCUGACAAAAACAUGUGAAUAUGAUCAGGAAAGAGGAUCUGAUGCUACUAGAGGAUGGGCUACAUUUGGAGUACUCUCUUGUGUGUUCAUUGUGCUAGCAUCAAUCUUCUGCUGUGCUGGUUUCGUUUACAAAAUUCGAGUUGAGCACCAGCGAGGAUUAGAUGCCUUGCCUGGCAUCACAGUGCUAUCUGCCUGCCUGGAAGCUGUGACUGGAUCAGAGUUAGGCUACUCACGGGCUGAUACUCUCAAUGGUAGCUUUGUCAAUUCCACAUCAUGGGAUAGCUUGCCUGUUACUGAACAAGCAACUCAAAGAACAGGAGAGAGAAAAUAUGGAUCCAUGUGAAGCAGAAGCUCUAGGUGUUUUGAGGGUUAUGGAUUUCUGUCUUUUUGAGGGAGAAAAGAGUGGGCAACUGAUUGAAUAUGCUGUUGCCUGAAGAAUGGGGAAUUUCGUGCUUCCUAAAUUCUUGGUUGAGAGGGUCUAUUGAAGAUCGCAGGGCGCUGUGGACGACUCUCCACAAUGACUUACAUGUUACCUAAUAUUGAUAAAUGAAAAGUAAUUGUGACUUCAUUGUAUGUUUAAGUUACAGUUACUAAUGCUUACCAUUGACUAUGUUAACGAGUGGGAGGUGACUUGAAGUUUUCAACUUUGGAUACGAUGGAUUUUUCUCUCAAGUUUAUUACCCAAAGAAAUGUCAUCCAGUGGAAACUGCAUCAUCAUUCUUUUGCAUUGAUUUAGUUUAACAA